AUGUCAAACAGCAACUUGCGGCAGGGAGUUGAGGUGCCACCUUACAUAUCUGCCACAGGUGGUGCUGUGUCUGGACUUGUUGCCAGGAUGGUGAUCGCCCCGAUAGAUAUCAUAAAAAUUCGGUUACAGCUUAAUGGUGGUCAGGAUAGAUAUAGAGGAAUAAUUCAGACGGUGCAAACAAUCUUGCACAAUGAGGGAAUACGAGCGUUUUGGAAAGGCAACCUACCGGCAGAGAUCAUGUAUUUGAUAUAUGGAGCCACGCAGUUUGCCACGUAUUCGACUAUGAACCAGCUGGUGUCAGAGACAGAGGAAACGUUGGAACUCAAGGUUCCAGCAUCGAUUCAUGCCGUUACCAUCGGAGCGCUUUCCGGCUGUGUUUCGACGGUGAUGUCUUAUCCCUUUGACGUGCUUCGUACGCGUCUGGCGGCUAAGGAGAACCCCUAUUUCACCUCAUUUCUGACAGAAGCGAAAGAAAUGUACGCCAAAGACGGAAUUAGGGCCUUUUUCAGGGGUAUACAGCUGUCCAUGGGAUACGUUUCUUUAUCGAUGGGUGUAUCCUUUGGCGUUUACUCGUUCUACAAGGACCAUAUGGCCAAGACCCCGCUGGAGCCGGCCGCUGGCCUUGUUGCAGGUAUAAUAUCAAAGACAGUUGUGUAUCCUUUGGAUCUAGUGAAAAGAAGAAAGCACAUGGCUCACGAAGGACGCUUUGUGGCAACAAUGCGGUACAUAUUGGCUACAGAGGGUAUUCGAGGUGCGUACCACGGGCUCACGCCGGCUCUUAUAAAGGCGGCUCCUACCGCCGCGGUCAGUUUUUGGUGCUACGAAUGGACAGUAGACUGGUUAAUGCGCGCAAAUAAUAAAUUCACUUGA